AUGAAUUCAAUGGAAAAAGAGUGGUUCAUUCAAGCUCCGUGGGGAAAAAUAGGCAUUGUAGCAUGGGGAAACUGUUACGAUCCUCCUGUACUACUAUGCCAUGGCCUAUGGGAUUGCGCCAUAAGCUUUCGUCCCCUAGUCAAUCAGCUGCCGAAGAAUUAUUACUACAUUGGUAUUGAAUUACCAGGUAAUGGGGUAUCAGACAACUUCCCCCCGGGCCUCAUGAUCAGUAUAUAUGACAUUGCAUACUCUGUGCAGGCUGUUGUGAAACAUUUCAGGUGGAAGAAUUUCAUUUAUAUUGGGCAUUCGUUUGGUGCAGUAUUAGGUAAAAUAUACAAUGUGUGUUACCCAGGAAACAUAUCGAAACUGAUAGAAAUAGAUCCUAUUAACUAUGUCGCUGUUCCGCCUGAAGACUUUCGGAAAUGGUACAAUUACUAUUUCGCCGAGUACUUUAAAAAUUACCAGAAGUAUAACACGCCGAAAGAGAAAGCUCCUAAACUCAAGUGGAAAGAGGCAUUAGCAUCACUUAGAGAAAAUCGUCCGUUGCUGACUGAGGCACAGGCAGUCGUUGUAUUAGAGCGUUUGUCCGAACCUGCUGGCGAAGGCCUUAUUAGGUAUACAUUCGAUCGCCGCAACAAGAAAAUAAAUGGCCCGCCAUUUUCACCGGAACAUAUCAAAACUAUACAUACAGCUGUGAAGAACCCCAUCCUCACUAUAGCCUGCGAUGAGUCCUUAAAGCAACAACGAAACGCACGUGGUGGCACGGUGCCAAUAUUUAUAUUUGUCAGUUGUCAGUGUCAUGUUACUAGUGAAUUUGUGUAUUGUGUCGAAAAAUGUAAAAUAUAUAAUUUACUAACAAAUUACAUAACUAUAACAAAGAUGGCAUUAUUUAUGAAGCAAGAUUUCAGCCCACCAAUAUUGUCAAGAAGAUGGGUCGCCAUAAAAUUUAGACCAAAUAUGGUUUUAUACAGUCGUAUCCACAUAAUCUCAAUCCUGGAAAGUGGGCUGUUGUUCAGAGAAGACAGUAUAGAAGUGGAACAAGAGAGUCCAUCCCCAGAUGAGGUCAGAAUAGCUGCUGGCGGCAAAGGGUGGAUGACUAGAGGCGAGAAAGUAGCCACGGCUUUGGGGGUUGCGGCUUGCGUUGUUGCGUUUCCUCCUAGAAGUCUUCAACGUUCUACCCUUAUCAAUGUGACGGCGUAUGCAGCUGUGCCACUGCUAGUCCGUUGGGCCCACCGCUCGAAGUGCGGGGGCACCCUGACGUCACUGCUGAGGGUCAUGAGGGAGUACCUGGCGCUUGCUAGACGGACUGCUGCUUGUCUUAAAGAGUACCAAGCGUUGCAUGCUCAACUUGGUUCUGUAACUUCCGUAAUAGAAUCCACGCACACCCUCCUCUGCAGACAGCAGAGUUCCCUCUCGGUGCUGAUGUCGCGGGCCUCAUCAGCUGUCCUCGGCAACGCGCCCUGGCUGCAAGCUGAUGUAGCCUGGGACGCCGUCCACAGAGACCCUGACGACAAUCUUAUGAAAAUUCACCACGCUUUCCUCGUAGUACAAUCGACCCUUUUAAAACACCUCGCCAUGGCCCAUUAUAUACCCACACAGACAGCGCAGCGCCUUUACAAGAAUUACAACGAACGAGUUUACUGGAUACACUCAUCUGUUUUACCUCAUCUUACAGAAGAAUUCAAACAAAACCUGAAUUCUUUAGAACGGAUGUAUCGCUUGCUAAAAAACUCCGCCAGUAACGACAGCGAUAAUAUUAAAAAGUUAGGUUCCGCGUUCACCGAUAACUGGCUAUAUUCAGACAUACACACAGGGGUAGCGAAAAGUUGUCUAGAAAUAAAAUUAGCUCUCAAUAAAUGCAAUAGUCUUGAUGUAUUCUUAGACUCUUGCGCAAUGAAUAAACAAGAAAUUAAUCUAGAUGUUUUAAAUAAGGAUAUUGAUGAAAUAAUCGAUGAUUUAACCAAAUGUUUAAAAACUAUACAAAAUUCACAAUUAAGGUUAAAGAAAAUACAAAAUAAAAAUGAAAAAGAAGUUGUACCAGAAACUGAAGAGGUUGUUGAAAACGCGGCAAUUUUGAAAAUAGAAGACCGAGUGCCAGAGAGUAAGGAUGAAGUUUUUUAUUUUGUAAAAACUGAGGACGAUGACGCUGUACAAGGAGCCGGAGAUGUAACUACAGCGCCUGGUAAAAAAGAGAGAGAGACAUCGAAAAUAGUUUUCACUGAAUUAAAAAGAAAAUUGGGUAAAAGAGAAGAUGUUAUGAGAGAAAGAGAGAGGCAAGCUUUAGCGAAAACCAUGCCGGAAUUGAAAGAAAUACCGGAGUUUCCACGGCAAAUUAACAUAGAUGAAUUCGUUGAGAGAAGAGGUUAUAUAAAAAAAUUUAAUCGGAAUUUUCAUAAAAAGCGCCAUUUGGGGGCGACUAAAAAGUUAAAGGCCAAGAGUAAGAAAUUUAGGUUUAAUACCGCUAGGUACUGUAACGAGAGUGAUAUAAGUGGUGACAUUUUUGAAGCUAAUGCGAAAUUAAAUAUCAAAAGCAAACUUUUAACAUUCGAUAAAUAUUGUAUAAUCAAGUGGUGUAAAUACGUGCAAUCGGAGAAGUCGACAGUAUCUUCAUACAAAGAUGUGGAGUCUAGUGGCCUAUCAGAAGAUCUAACCGACGCAGAAGAUGCUGCUACCAGUAAAAAGAAUAAUGAUAUAAAAUUUACUAAAGAAGAUUUAGAACUUACGCUCUCAUCAUCUGACAGUGACUUUGAAUCCUAUAAAGACAAACAGAAGGCAUUAUUACACGAUGUCCGGCGGCACAGAGCUGUAAGAAAAAAAAAUCGGCCCAAUCAUAAACCAGUCUAUGGUUCGCCGUCAAACCAUAGAGCUGUCACAGACAAUGAUGAGGUAGAUGAGAGUUUGAAACCCAUAGAGUAUAGCUUUGGUACCGGAAUGGCAAUGGCAUCAGUUUUGCAGCUUAGUAAAAAAAUUAACUCUGCAGAGGAAGAAGUUUUUAUUGGUGAUGGGGAGUUGUCUACGGACAGUGGGAAUGAUGAAGAUGCGUAG